UCAUUAUUGUCGUUAUUUUGGUGAAGGUAGACAUCAAACAACUUGUGACUUUGAAAGUUCAACUUGAAGAAAAGAUUGAUUAUUGAAUUAGCUGUCUUUUCCGCUGUUCCAAUUUCUAUUCAAUGCCUAUUGUGAUUUGUAAUUCAAUAUAUUUAAAAAAAUAAUCCUCUGUUCUUGUGAAGAAGUUAGCAUUUUGUCAGCGAUAUGGAGGAGAGACAAUUGUUGUUUGACAAGUAUGAAAUCGGAAAGUUAUUAGGUAAAGGGACUUUUGCGAAAGUGUACUAUGGUAAAGAAGUGGAAACAGGGGAAAGUGUAGCCAUUAAAGUGAUAAAAAAAGAUCAAGUUCAAAAAGAAGGAAUGAUGGAGCAGAUCACAAGAGAAAUCUCAGUGAUGGGGCUGGUUCGACAUCCGAAUAUAGUUGAACUCAAAGAAGUCAUGGCGACAAAGUCUAAAAUCUUCUUCAUAAUGGAGUAUGUUAAAGGGGGUGAGCUUUUCGCAAAAUUAGUAUCCAAAGGCAAAUUUAAAGAAGAUACAGCAAGAAAGUACUUUCAACAGUUGAUAAGUGCUGUUGAUUUCUGUCAUAGUCGAGGUGUUUAUCAUCGCGAUUUGAAGCCUGAGAACUUACUCCUUGAUGAGAAUGAGGACUUGAAGAUAUCUGAUUUCGGGCUAUCGGCUUUGCCUGAUGAGCAGUUGAGUAGAAAUGAUGGUUUGCUUCAUACACAGUGUGGGACACCAGCAUAUGUUGCUCCUGAGGUUUUAAGGAGAAAAGGUUAUGAUGGUGCAAAGGCUGAUAUCUGGUCAUGUGGGGUUAUCUUGUAUGUGCUUCUAGCUGGUUACUUGCCAUUUCAAGAUGAGAAUGUGAUGAACAUGUACAAGAAGAUCUUCAAGGCGUAUUUCGAGUUCCCUCCUUGGUUUUCAAUGGAUUCGAGGCGUUUGAUAUCUAAACUUUUAAUGGCUGAUCCAGACAGGAGGAUCACUAUUCAAGGUAUCAUGAGGGUUCCAUGGUUUAGGAAGGAUUUCGCCAUGCCACGGGCUUUUUCAAUCCAAGAUUUUCAAAAGUUAGAAAAUGAUCAUGUUGAAGAAGGAAUGAGCAGCAAACAAGGAGGAGGGGUCCUAAGGAAAUCCCCUUCAUCCCCUGCAUUUUUCAAUGCAUUCGAGUUGAUCUCAUCCAUGUCUUCUGGUUUCGACUUGUCUAGCUUGUUUGAGAUCAAAGGGAAGGCAUCAUCCAUGUUCACUUCAAGGAGCACUGCCCGGGAUGUUAUCCGUAAAAUGGAGAAAAUGGCUAAAGUUAUGAGGUAUAAGGUUUAUAGGGUAAAACCAUUCAAGUUAAAGAUGCAAUGCCCCGAGGAAGGACGAAAAGGGCGGUUGUUGGUGACCGCUGAGGUGUUCAAGGUGGCCCCGGAAGUCACCGUGGUCGAGCUCUCUAAGUCCUCCGGCGACACCUUGGAGUAUAACAAGUUUUGUGAAGAGGAAGUUAGGCCUGCGUUGAAGGACAUUGUUUGGACAUGGCAAGGGACAGGUACUGGAAAUGCUGAUAUUGAUAACAAACAGGACUUGGAGCAAUAAACAUUUGGUACAUGUGCAUUUUUCUCCCUCUUCUUUUUGUGUUUUUGUGUUUCGCUGAAAUAUAUCAUCGGAGAUAUUCGUGUUACUGAUGAUUUGUACAUUAUAUUGUGUGUUAUACUGACCACUUUCAGAUUUGUAUUGUUUGCAUGUCGUAUUUCCUCUAGUUAUUCAAGCACAAUUAAUCCAAGCUUGUAGGGGAUUUUCUUCAAAGGGAUAUAUUUCACCUCCCUUUAUCUAUUUGUAAGUUGGACAUUUUGUUCAGAUUUGAUAUCAAUUAAUUCAUGGUCAAUAAAUAUAUGAAGAUAACUUAUCAAAA